AUGUGCUUCGUUAGACUAUACUGGGGGAAGCGGGAUGCUGUCCUUAACCUUCCCACAAAUUCCUCGCUCUCUGUGACCCUAUCACAGAGUUCUUUACGUGCAUACACCACUGCAUCGUGUUCCCCUACCUACCCCACCGAUGCUGGCGAUUCUUUGACCCUCAACUCGCAACCGCAGAAUAUAAAAGAUUCAAAGAGAACGCUUGCUUGCCUGUCAGAUUUACGAAGUCUCCGUCGAGAACUGGAGAAUGCAAACCCAUCUCUACCCAAACUCUCAGGUUUCCCUCUACGGAUUGUAUCGGAGAAUAACUUCCCGACCGCGGCUGGUCUUGCCAGCUCCGCGGCUGGUUUUGCUGCGUUGGUUCGCGCGGUUGCCAACCUUUACGAGUUGCCCCAAUCACCUAGCGAUCUCAGCCGCAUUGCACGCCAGGGCUCUGGUUCCGCAUGUCGCUCUAUGAUGGGCGGUUAUGUUGCAUGGCGUACGGGGGUCUUGGAAGAUGGUAGUGACAGCUUCGCAGAAGAGGUGGCUCCAGCAAGCCAUUGGCCUGAGAUGCGUGCCCUUAUCCUUGUCGUUUCUGAUGCGAAGAAAGAUGUUCCCAGCACGCAAGGAAUGCAGGCAACAGUCGCGACCUCCACUCUCUUCCGAACCCGUGCUGAAACAGUGGUGCCCGCACGGAUGGCUGCGAUCGAGUCCGCGAUUAAAAACAGGGAUUUUGCUUCCUUCGCCGAGAUCACCAUGAAAGACAGCAACAACUUCCAUGCCACCAAUCUUGACACCUGGCCACCUACGUUCUACCUCAAUGAUGUGUCUCGUGCUGCCAUCAGGCUGGUCCAUGAUAUCAAUCGCGCAGCUGGCGAGACUAUUUGCGCUUACACGUUCGAUGCCGGCCCAAAUGCCGUGAUAUAUUACUUAGAUAAAGACUCGGAGCAUGUCAUUGGGACAUUCAAGUCAAUUCUGAAGGCUGAGACUGAGGGUUGGGAUGACUCGAGGGCUGUCGCUGAGCUGAAGGGUGGUGUAAAUACCGUUAUUCUAACUGGCGUCGGCGGAGGGCCACAAAAAGUGGGCCAACACCUUGUCAGCGAAACUGGUGAAAUUUUGAAAGGAAGCCCCAAUUAA